AGUAUCACCCAUUCAAUACAGUUGAUGUGUUGAGGUUGUUGCAAUAAUAUAUGAAGAGAACUUCCUCGUAAUCCAUUUCAUUCGCUUCCUCGUACAAAUGCGAUUUUAUUAAAUCUGCAAGCAAGGUGACAUUUUCAGCGAAGAUGGGAUACAUGACAGUAGAGGAGCACAGCGGCACCCUGCUUCACCUGAAGAGAUCCCCCGGCAUUCGUUCCUGGUCUGUUCUUGUGGGCAUAGCUUCUGUGGGGUUGGCUGCUGCAUAUUACAGCUCAGACAGCAUCUUGUGGAAGCUCUUCUAUGUGACUGGAUGCCUGUUUGUAGCUAUGCAGAACAUGGAGGAGUGGGAGGAGGCUGUGUUUGACAAAACCAAGAACCUGAUCGAGCUAAAGAGCUUCAGCUUGUACGCUUUAAUCCUGACGUUAUGGAGGAAGGGGCACGAGAAAGUUGUGUUGGAUCUGACUCAGCUCUGUGACAUCUGCAUCCAGGAAGAGAGAGUCCGCUAUUUGGGGAAGGGCUACCUGCUGAUGCUGCGGCUCGCUGCAGGCUUCUCCUAUCCCCUGACUCAGAGUGCCACGAUGGGGAAUCGUGGCGAUGUAGAGGCGGUGUCUGCACUGCUGAGGCGUUUCCUCGGUCUGGAAGAGCUGAAGCAACGCAGGCAGCAGGAGGAGGAGGCGGAGUUUGGAGAGGAGGACGAUUCUUUGGACAACAGCAGUGAUUCAGAAGACGAAGCUGGCGAUCACUGAUCUCACUGUGACUUUCAACCUCACUGUUACUUUGGAUGGAUUCCAUUAGGGGCUUUACAGCAUUUCUAAGGCAUUACUAAGUAUCCAGUUUAUGACGCCCCAUUACGUUAUGCUUUUAGCAUGUGCAUGAAACACAAGGAUACGGCCUCUUCUAGCAUCUCCUCGCAGACUACCUUGUUGUAAAUCAGGAAAACAAUUAGUCAAGGAAAUCCUCUAUUUUAGUUGUGAAUUCUUAAACUGUCCAAAAAAAAAAUCAGCGAAAAUAGACAUCUUUUGUUGAACUGUAAAUGUAUGUAUCUGUAAACGUACAUCCUGCCUCAGCUGGUUGGAUCUAAUUACUACUUGAGAACACACUCCAGAUUAUAGAUCUAGAUCUACCGUGCCUUCCUACUGAGCUCUAAUGAGUGUUUAUGCUGUCAACAUAUAAAAUGCUUUUCCCAAGGUUUUCAGGACCACCCAGUUGAUGAUCACCUUUUGCAUUAUUUUUCCUACCUAGUCUGCAAUCCGGCUACACGCAUGUGCAAACUGUAAUCAAGCAUGAAGGACUUUUCACGGCUCGAUCGAGAGUGAAGACGGGCGAAAUGCUUUGUCCUGUGGCCGUCCCAUUUUCUUUGAACUUCUUGUGAACCAAAGAUUGAAUCUCAGGCAAACUUUUUGAUGUGUCAGCCAACUAUAAAAGAUUUUAUUGUU